AAAUCUCACCAAUAUAGAUGUUGAUGUGUACAUGUGUCCGCUGCUUUUGUGUUACAAGUUGGCCUGCGAGGCAGGUGCCACUGACAACCCAGAAUUUCCUGAACCCUGCUUUGUCCAUCAAGUUGUCUGCAAAAUUGGCUGUGCGGUUUUGCUAACUGGAAUCCAUGUUUCUGACUGUUAGGAGUCACAUCUAUAAAAGCAGCUCCGAGAGCAAAUGAGAUAUGUUACUGGCACAGAUGAACAGAGACGCCCAAAGCAUGGCAGAGUUUCAAGGAGGGGGAGAUGGUCAGCACGUCACACUUUGCCUAACGGAAACGGUUGCCGUUACAGAUGGUGAACGACUUGAAAAUAUGGAUGGUGUGAGUUUGCAAGCUGUUACUCUUGCAGACGGUUCUACAGCAUAUUUUCAACACAGCUCUAAAGAUGGGAAGUUGGUGGACGGUCAAGUGAUUCAACUGGAGGAUGGGUCUACAGCCUAUGUCCAAAAUGUUGCAGUAACAAAAGGAGAUUGUUUGCGUUUUGAAGAUGGCCAGGCAGUUCAACUGGAGGAUGGAUCGACCGCGUAUAUUCAUCAUACACCAAAAGAUGGUUAUGAUCCGAAUGCUGUACAGGCUGUCCAGCUGGAAGAUGGCACAACUGCCUACAUUCACCAUACAAUACAGGUUCCCCAGACUGACACCAUCCUUGCUGUUCAAGCUGAUAGUACCCUGACAGGAUUGCAUACGGGAGAAACCACAGUAGAUCCAGAAACCAUCAGUGCACUAGAACAGUACGCCACCAAGGUGACUACUGAUAGAAGUGACAGUACAGUUCUAGUGACUGAGAGUGACAGUGAGAAAAAGAUGCAGAUUGUUAUUCAGGGUCAUGGGCCAAUACGGAUGAGUGCCAAGGCACAGCCGGGAGAAAAGGGUUUCCGCUGCGAGUAUGAGGGCUGUGGGAGACUAUACACAACCGCUCACCAUCUCAAGGUACAUGAGAGAGCGCAUACAGGAGACCGCCCGUAUCGAUGUGAACAUCCAGGCUGUGGAAAGGCUUUUGCUACCGGAUAUGGAUUGAAAAGCCAUACAAGGACCCACACAGGAGAAAAGCCAUAUAGAUGCCCAGAAGAGAGUUGUGACAAAGCUUUUAAAACCUCAGGGGACCUACAGAAACAUAUUCGAACUCACACAGGUGAGAGACCAUUCAAAUGCCCCUUUGAAGGAUGUGGCAGAUCAUUCACCACAUCGAAUAUUCGUAAGGUGCACAUUAGGACACACACAGGUGAACGCCCUUAUUUCUGUACAGAGGCAGCCUGUGGACGUGCCUUUGCAAGUGCAACUAAUUAUAAAAACCACAUGAGAAUACACACAGGAGAGAAACCUUAUCUGUGCCCUGUACCUGGUUGUGACAAACGUUUCACUGAGUACUCCAGUUUAUACAAACAUCAUGUGGUUCAUACGCAUUCCAAACCAUAUAACUGUAACCACUGUGGCAAAACAUAUAAACAGACUUCUACACUGGCAAUGCAUAAACGAACCGCACAUGGGGACAGUGAGCCAACUGAAGAAGAGGAAGCAUUCUUUGACUCACAAGAUGUUACUCCUGGGGAUGAAGUCCUGAAGGCAGAACCAAUUACUUAUGUAACAGGUGUUGAAGAAGACGAUGGGAUGUCUGCACAUGUUACUACUGUGACACAAGUAAAUGUAGGCCAACAUAUGGCUCUUAUUACACAAGAUGGUACCCAACAGGUCAGUAUAUCUCAGGCAGAUGUGCAAGCAAUUGGCAACACCAUCACUAUGGUAACACAGGAUGGCACUACCAUCACUGUCCCUACACAUGAGGCAGUGAUUUCUGCACAAGAGACUCGCUCUGUUACUAUGGUGACAGCGGAUGGCUCCGAUGGACAACAGGUUGCUAUAGUGACUCCAGAUUGUGUGAUGAGAGGCGAGGCCACUAUAGCUGCAUUACAGGCAGCAUCAACUGAAGUGGAAAAGAUAGUGGCCCAUGAGCAUCAUUUGGUGACUGGAACAGCGCGACCAGUUACAUUACUAGCUACAGCAAACGGCACUCAGAUUGCAGUGCAGCUUGGUGAACAGCAAACAUUGGAGGAAGCGAUCAGAAUAGCAUCCAGAAUACAACAUGGUGAAACCCCGGGGGUGGAUGAACAUCAAUAAAGUAGCAAUUGAAAGCAAUAAAAAGGAGCUGAAGUUCUGCCUGUAUAGCGUGCAGUCUGUAUUCACAGGCAAAUUCAGCCACAAAUGGAGCUUUAAAAUGACAACAUUAAAGCUGCAAUAUAUUACACUUAACAUCAUGAAUUUCUUAGUUUUGUUUAGGGUACUAGUUGAAGAUAUGUUAAUGAAACAAAAAUGUGCCGUACCGCACAGAAUACUCUGAUUUGGGUAAGUAUUCUUUUGUUUCUUUUAAUAAUCCUUGCAGUUCGAUUGCAUCCUAUUCUUCCCAUAUAACCUGUAGUGUAACCAUCAUAAUUUAUUUCAUGACUGCUCAGGAGCACCAGAUGAACCGCAGAAAGAUAGUACCUGUGCAAACCACAGCAUUAGAGAUGCAUGCAUAAGUGGAAAAUAUUACUAUACUACUGAUGUCUAGUUUAAUGAUGCUGAUCCUGAAGUUGAUUAAUUUUACCAAAUGCAUAUGUACAUUUUCUUAAUAUGAUUUUGCUAAAGCCUGUAUAAAUUGAAUUGGAUUUUUUUUUACUUUCCAUGGUAUGUUGCAGCUUUAGAGUAUAAAUCAAUGCCGUACCUGUAGAUUUUGUACAGUUUUGACUAGACAAAUCAGGUUCUUGAUAUUAUGGUACUUGAACUGUAGGCCCAAAAAUGUUGAGUGCCUGAACUUGCAUUUAAAAACUGCAUGUAUUCCAACAGCUGAGAAGUGAAAUGUUUAAAUGUUAUAAUCUAGUUCAAUAUUAAACGUUAAACAUUGCUCUCUAGGAUAGCCUAGCAGGUAAAGGAAGUACCCAGCCUAGCACACCGUCAUACAGACCGGAAAGUCGCAGGUUCGAAUUUUGGUCUGUGUUAUCUAAUCUGACAAGACAAUUUUGGGUGCUAUGAUUGGUCUCACCAAUGCAAGGGAGGGAGAGGAAGUUUUUCCUGCGUUCCCGUUCCUGAGCUCUCCAAUAAUUCCUGCUGUGAAAUAUGGUGCUUCGACUUUGUGUGAGGACGUGGAUGUGGUGCCUUCCACAGUCUACUAGUAAGUGGUUUAACAAUCUAAACACUCACUCUGUAGGCUGAACACACGAAGAAUGGUUGUCCUUACCCCAGCAAGAGAAUCAGCUUUGGGGGUUGAGGGGAAUUGGUUUAAAAAAAAGUUUUACAUAUUUGGAACUACAGUUUUACAAUUUUACAAAAGUUUAUUUCGUACUAUUAAAAGUUUGAUCUUCUGCUCUUGGCUUGUGACCAACUACCUGUAAAUACAUACCACUAAUGCUACAGUUGUAACCUAUAUUUUACCUUUUACAUAUGAUCAUGUAAAAGUUUCAAAGGAAGAGCUUUUGGUUGUGCAAUAUUAAAAGACCUACAAUUGAAUCUUAUUCUGCUUUAUUCAAAAAUAACAUACGUUUUUCUUUUGCUUUGUUAUUUUGAAUUAACUUCUGGAAGCAAAAAAAUAUUGCCUGAACGACUUCCUGAACUUAUGACAAAGGUGUAUCCUGUGCAGAGGCUUUAGAAUCAUACAUGCUUACAUGUAAGCAAUAACUCCUGACAAGAGCGCACAAGGCAAUAGACGCUCCUGUGUUGAUUUACUGUAUCUGAAUCAUUUUAUUAUGGCAUAAGGAGCCAAUGUUGUCCUGAAGACUACAAAAAAUAAUUGCUAUUAUGCUAUAUUUUAAUAAAAACAAAAAUCGUGAAAUAAGUUUAAAAUGUUUGUUUACAUUAUAAUUUUUUAUGUGGAGUAGCAGCUUAUCUUUUUUUUGUCAGCUGGUGUUGCUAGGGGAUAUUUUUAAAGUGUAUUAAAAGAAAAUAUUUUGAAAUGA